AUGAUUAUAAUUAAUAAUAUAAAAUUUACAGGAUUAAAAUUAAAUAUUUUAAAUCCAAAACAAAUAAUAAAAUGGUCUUCUAUGUAUUAUAAUAAUAAAGUUAUAAUUGGAGAAGUUUUAUUUCCUAAUACUAUAAAUUUUAAUACUGGAUUACCUAUUUUAAAUGGAUUAUUUUGUGAAAAAAUAUUUGAUUAUAUGUAUAUAUGGAAUUGUAAUUGUAAUAAUAAAAUGUAUGAUGUAAAUAAAUUUUCAUUAUUUUUAUAUUGUAAAUAUUGUAAAAAUAAAUUGAAAAUAAAUAUUAAUAGAAAAUAUAAAUUAGGAUUUAUAUUUUUAAAUAUUCCAAUAUUACAUUUAUGGUAUUUUACAGGACCUUUAAAAAUUGCAUCUUUAUUAUUGAAUAAAAAUAAUAUAUAUUUGAAAUUUUUAAUUUAUUAUAAAUAUUUUUUUAAAAAAAUUAAAUAUAAUCAAUUAUUAUAUUAUAAUAAGUUAUUUUUAAAUUAUAAAUUUUAUAAAAAAAAAAAUAAUAUAACUCAAUAUUUAUUUUCACAUAAUAUUUUAUAUAGAAAGUUAAAAAAAUUAAAUUUAUUAACAGAAUUAUUACAUGAUAAAGAAUUAUUAUUACAUACUAUUAAAAAUAAAAUUAAUUUAUAUAAAAGAAUAAAUUUAUUAAAUUUAUUAAUUAUAAAUAAUAUAAAACCAAAUUGGAUUUUUUUAGAUUUAUUACCUAUUUUACCAGCUGGAUUAAGACCUUAUUUUUUUUUAAAUAAUAAUACAUAUAUUAUAUCAGUAAUAAAUGAAAAUUAUAGAUUAAUAAUUUUAAAAAAUAAUAAGUUAAAAUAUUGGUUAUAUUUACGUAAUAAUAUUUUUUUUAUUUUUGAAAUUAUAGAAAAACGUUUAUUACAACAAUUAAUAGAUUAUUUAUUAAUAAAUAAAUUAAUUUUAAAAAAUAAUAAUACUUUUUUUAAUUUCAGUAAAACAUUUCAAGGAAAAUAUAGUACUAUUAAAUAUAAUUUAUUAGGUAAAAGAGUAGAUUUUUCAGGUAGAUCUGUAAUUACUGUAAAUCCUAAUAUGUUAUAUACUAAUAUUGGAUUACCUUAUUAUAUAAGUUUAAAUUUAUUUAAACCUUUUUUAAUAAAUAUUUUAAAAUAUAAUAAAAAAUUAAAUAUAAUAUUUAAAAGUUUAUUAAUAAAUAAAAAUUUAUUUAUUAUACAAAAAUUUUUAAAUAAAUUAUUACAAAAUCAAUUUAUUAUAGUAAAUAGAGCUCCUACAUUACAUAGAAUGAAUUUACAAUCUUUUAAACCUAUUUUAAUAGAAGGAUAUUCAAUUAAAUUUUAUCCUUUAGGAUGUUCUAGUUUUAAUGCAGAUUUUGAUGGGGAUCAAAUGUCAGUUUUUUUACCUUUAAUUAAAACUUCAAAAUUUGAAUCUAAUAUAAAUUUAAAUUUUGAUAAAAAUAUAAUUUCUCCUUCUAAUGGUAGAAAUUUAUUUAAAAAUUUACAGUAUUAUAAAUUAGGAAUAAAUACAUUAAUGAAUUUAAAUUAUAUAAAAUUAUUUAAUAUUUUUUAUUUUACUUCAAUAGAAAAAAUAUAUGAAUAUUUUAAUAAUAAUAUAUUAUCUAUAUUUAAUUUAGUUUGGAUAAGAUAUAUAAAAAAUGAUAAUAUAUUUUAUAUAUUAACAUCAGUUAAUAGAAUAAUUAUAAAUUUAUAUAUGUAUAUUUAUUAA